GCCCAAGCGAACGUGUAUAAAUAUAUUGCGUUGUUGCGAUAAUAACGUAGACGCGAUAUACUAUAUUGAGACUUUGAGACUUGAGACUCGAGAGACUUCGCCGGUCGCUGACUCAGUUUUACACUAACGCUCGUGCGAAAUGCAUCACGCUACCGCUCCUCCGAACAGUAUCUUUCGCCUUGAGACUCGUGCACGUUCGACGAGAUACGCUGACUUAAGCAAAACAAACGUAUAGACAUACUGUAGUUCUUGUUAUUGCGUGACAAGCAUUUUCAACGUUUAACCGUGGACCAGCGAAUCGCGUGGUUUUCUUCUGUCCGGGAACAAUGGAUCGCAUUUCUGAUUAGUUUUAAUCGAGAUUUAAAGGACGCGGUGGACGGUGGUACCCAGGACGCGGAGUCACGUGGCGUCUGGUGGUCUUAUUGAUCGAGGCGUACCAUCGAGGCGCCGAUUGGCUGCAGCGGGCCACGUGAUCAGUCCUAACGUCAACUUGUACUACCGUCUGCUGGUAGACGGGCGGAUUUCUUACGGAGCAGUCCGCAAGAACAAAGGAUUCCGCGAUUCGCGCAAGUGUACUUGUUCGCCAAACGGUCUUCGUUCAACAGUAUCAAAUUCGCUUUAAUCCGAUUGAUCGAGAGUCUCGAUGCGCGAGAAACUUAUCGUGAAUCCCCCUCCGAGGUACUCGGCCGGCUUCAAAUUCUUGACAGCUUUGCACCGUUUCGAAACAGUGACGGUUGGAGUAGUUCAGUUUCGUUGAGACACGAUCUGCGCUGAAUCUCGUCCGCAAUUUCUCGACCCGUUGCCCGAAAGAGAAACGACGUUUCGCGAAAAUAAUGCGCCGACACGGUUAAGUGAGUCGUCGACGCGAAUUCUGGACUCUGCGUAUUCUGCCUCGUGAGACCUCGAAACGAAUAUACGUUCGUCGCGGUAACUUUGAAGUACGAACCCGAAGGCAACGCGAGUGCCAGUGGCCGUGACACGGUGAAACCUCCUAUUGAAAAUACCCUUCGACAGUUAGACAACACGUUAAUAGAAGAUGUACAGCAUGAACUACAUUGGAAAGUUCAUAAGCAACUUUCGCGGUUUCUACAACGAGAUCAAUGCGGCGACGCUCACCGGUGCUAUCGACGUGAUCGUCGUCGAACAGCCGAACGGAUCGUUCACCUGUUCACCUUUCCAUGUUCGAUUCGGGAAACUCGGCGUACUACGUUCUAGAGAAAAAAUCGUGGAUAUAGAGAUAAAUGGGGAGCCUAGACAGAUUCAUAUGAAACUUGGAGAUUCCGGAGAAGCGUUUUUCGUCGAGGAAGUUAAUUCCAAUGGAUCUCCAACUGAUGCAGAAAUUCCACCUCACUUGGCUUGUUCCCCUAUACCCGACGACAAUUGUAUGCCAUCGUCCAGAUUCCUUAUCCUUUCCGACGUUCCUCCAGAGCAAAGAGACAAGAUUCUCGUAGAGUCUGUUUUGUCCAUUGAAAGAGAAAAAUGGGAACAAAUGUCAGCUCUGCCCCCGGACCAGAGAGAACAAUUUUUGAUCGAACAAUUCUCCGAUCUUCCGGCAGAACACAGGGCGAAAUGGCUCCAGAUCGCUUCAUUGACUCCGGAGGAGAGAGACGAGAUGUUUAAAGAACACUUUGGCAAUAUCUCUGCUGCGCAGAAACAACAAUUCAUUUGCAAACAGUAUUCCGCUUUGAAAAGUGAAGAUAAGGAGAAAUUGUUCAAAGAAAAUUUCCCUGAACUGCCCCUGGAGCAGAGGCAGAAGUUCGAGAAAGCGUUGUUGACCGACUGGAAGGAAAAAGAGGAAAUGAGAAAACGGGAAUCUUUAAAAGGAGAAGAAGAGAUUUUCGACAUGGACGGUAUCAAUGACGAUGAAACAUGUCCCGCCAUGUCGACUCCUAAGUCUUUCGUAGCUGUGACUUCGUCAGACAGAAUUCGAAAAAUUAGCGUGGUAAAUAAUGAUUUCCGACCGAUCACGGAAGACGCGCUGAGUAGUAGUAAAGAAAAAUCAAGCGACGAGUCGAACGCGUCGAUAAGUAAAAAGAAUUCGAAGGAUGAGAAUGUGAACGAGGAGAACAAAAGUAAUAACAGUUCGACGAAGAGGAAACGAAAGAGGAAAAGUAUUAUGAAGAAGAAAGGAUCUCAGAGGAAGACCAGUAACGGUAGUAGUAGUCAAACGGAGAUAAGUGAGAAUGACACUUCUCUCCAAGACGAUUCUCUCAACGAGAUUAUGCCGAAGGAUUCAAUCCCAGACGCCGAAGUAGAAAACAAAAUCGAACCGCCUAUAAUAUCGGUGCAGGAAACGACAGAGAAACGUCCUGAAACGGAUUUUCAUUUCUUCAGUGAUACCGAAAUUACAAAGAAUCAGGAUUCUAGGCCAUGCUCACCCGUUCAGUCUGACACAGAAUUUGAAAUGCGUAAGAUAACGCAAGAAACUGCUGAACAGGAUGAUAAAAAUCAACAGAGUUGGAGAUGGGGUGAAUUACCCACUUUACCUCCAGAAUCGACGCACCCGUCGCACAGAAAUUCUUUGAACUCGUCGAACGCUAAUCAACCCAUUAGCGCCGAUGCGCAACGAUCUAUGCUCAGCGGUAUGUUAUCGUUCAUGAGAAAAACGUCUCGAGUAAGACGCAAUCCAGAAUCAGAGGGAAUUUACCUGAGUGAUAUUAACGCUGACGAAUUGGAUCCAGAAGUCGCAGCUCUUUACUUCCCUUCUUCUCACAGAGGUCCAACAGCAGUUAAUAAAGAUGGUAAAGGAGUAGACGAAGAAGAUACGGAAUCAGGAAAUGGACCGAGCCUACCGCAAAGUCCAAACAGCAUCGAAGGAGCGAUCGGUGGACCGAAAUCGUUGGAUAGCGAUUUCGAGGAACCGAAGCAAUCUAUAUUCGAUGGGAACAUGAACAUUAGCUUGUCCUUGUGCGGUGGGCUGGAUUCUGAGACCGGCCCGUUGAAAGAGGCUUUCCAUCAGAACUUGCUUCAAUUCGAAGAUAUUUGCACCGAUCCGAAAUUAUACGAAAAUCCAAAUUUGGUCGUGAAAAUUAAUGGGAAAUACUACAACUGGACUACUGCUUGUCCAAUAGUAAUGACGUACGCCGCUUUCCAAAGACAUUUACCACAGAAUACGGUUGAAAAUUUGUACGCGCAAUGUAUGCCAUUACCGAUGCACGAGGAAAAGAAGCAAGAAACUAAUGACAAAUCAUCGGAGGGUCGUACCGGUUACAGUUCAUGGUUUUCGUGGAGACGUUCUACGCAGCCACCGAAAAAGUCUCAAGAUCAGACUGAUUCAAUCCAAUCUUCGGAACACUUACUGGACACGAAGGAAAGUACUCCGGUCGACGAAGCGAUAAACAUAGAAACGAAACUUGACGAGAACGUUGCGUCGACCGUACAAGAGACUGUGGAAAAGAGUACAAAGUUAGCGAAGAGCUCGAGCAAGACUGACAAGAAUCGCGAAGGGGAAGGCGAAGGUUACAGCGGUAGCGAAGAUUCCGACAGUAAUCAGAACGAAUCGCAGGGAAUAAAAAUACCAAAAGAAAGAAGAUCGUAUUACGAGUGUGCCGAAAAAUAUCGCAAGACUUUGAGAUUGUCAUCUGCUCAAAUAGCGAGUCUCGAUUUAAAAGACGGAGCUAACGAAGUAGUUUUCAGCGUAACCACGGCUUAUCAAGGCACGACACGUUGCAAAUGCCAUAUUUACAAAUGGAAAUGGGAUGACAAAAUAGUUAUCUCCGACAUAGACGGAACUAUCACGAAGUCCGACGUGUUGGGUCAUAUUCUGCCGAUCGUUGGUAAAGAUUGGGCUCAAUCGGGCGUAGCUCAGUUGUUCACCAAGAUCAUGAAUAACGGGUACAAGCUGCUUUAUCUGUCUGCAAGAGCGAUUGGACAAGCUAAAGUUACGAGGGAAUACCUGAAAAGCAUCAGACAGGGAGAUCUGUCGCUUCCUGACGGGCCGUUGCUUUUAAAUCCCACGAGCCUAAUUUCGGCGUUGCACCGUGAGGUGAUAGAGAAGAAGCCUGAGGAGUUCAAGAUAUCUUGUCUCAGCGAUAUUCAAGCUUUAUUCCCGGAAGGCUCAAGACCUUUUUAUGCUGGCUACGGGAACCGAAUUAAUGACGUUUGGGCGUAUCGCGCCGUAGGAAUUCCGACUAUGCGUAUAUUCACCAUAAACCACAGGGGUGAAUUAAAACACGAACUGACCCAAACAUUCCAGUCAUCAUACUCAAACAUGAGCUACAUAGUCGAUCAUCUUUUCCCAGCCUGGAGAGAGGAUGCAGUGGACGAGUUUAGUAACUUCGCGUAUUGGCGAGAACCGAUACCGGAAGUACCUCCGCUCGAGGAACUGUACGCUCAGAAACAGGUUUACUAAGCGCGAUAGAAAGUCGAGAGAUGAAUCAGAUACAGUUUAUUCGUAAUACGAUAAUGAUUGAUUUCGUUGACUGUUUUUGUAUCCUGCGCGUUAUCGAACAUAGGGAAACGUGAUUCUAGACUGGUGCGACAUUUCAGUGUAUACUGUAUUAUCCAUGCGUUUACAAUCCCCCGACUGUAGUAUUAAGAUUCGCGUGUUCGUCAUCGCAAACGAUUCACAAAUGGUGCGUACAUUUUUACAAUUGAAUUUAAACACAUUCCGAUUCUGUUAGAGCGCGAUAAGACCGCCGUGUUGAUUACUAUCAAUGACGUUGUGUUAGUUUUGAAUACAAUUUACGAAGAGAGCACAUCUCGACGCGUAUCUCUCGCAGGCGCAGGGAUUAACGCACCGUUGAACGUAAUAUUUCUAAGCGAAUUGCUUGCGACAAUUAAGUAGAUCUCUCUCUUUCCAUUAAGUGUAUAUAUCUACAUGUAUGUUAAGUUGCUAAUUGAUGGUCUGGAACUUUAUGAUACCAAUGACUAAUCGCAAUAUAAGGUGAUCGAUUAAAAAAGAUGUCCCGUACUAAAUAGAGUUUCGUACUGAGAGAAAAAAGUGUUACAUUCUAUUUAAUUAAAAAGAAAAGAAAGGAAAACAGAAACGUCGAUUAGGAAUUAGUUAAUCGCAACCGCGGUAGCUCACAAGAAGUGUAAUAUAAUUUAAGUGUAUUUACUGUAUACUUUACCUGAUACGUUUAGCGAAUAUUUUGUUAAAGAAAUCCUUAUUUAUUUUUAUACGUGAUCUCCGUUGAAUUAGCGUGCUGUGAGAUUGCCAUAUCCUAGGAUGUAAUCGUUUAUGUAAUUGUGAUAUUCCGAACAAAUUACUAACGAGGUCUGGACGGUAAACAGUGUACAAACGGUGAAUUCGUCAUUCGUACGAGCAGCGAAUAAUGCGAAUAAUUUCAGUUUCCUACAAACAAAGUUACUGUUGUUCAAAGAAAGAAAAAAAGUGUAAGAUUUUCCUCUGUGUGUCGUGACCGUACCUCCGAGUUCACAAUUUCUUUUUAUGCUACAUAGACAUCUAUGUAUCGAUACACGCUAAGCCUCUGUCUUUCAAAAUGCAUCGUAUAUAGGUACGUGUUAGCGAACCGUAGUUUUCUGUUGCUACAACGUGGUCCCCCACGAUGCCAUCCUCUUGAUUGCUUUUUAAUCGUUAUCGAUAACUCACUGAAGGUACAAUUAUCCUCCACCAAAGAAAAUAGAACUGAAACUGCUUCGAGCUUCGAAUGCCAAUGAUUCGUACUCGAAACUAUAAGAAUAGAUAUAUAUACCUACGUUAGAGCUUUUAUUAUUCGAAAUAGUUAGAAUCAAAGGUAUAUGGAUAUUCGAUAAUACUACAUUGCAAAUUACUCUUGACGAUACAGUAUUGUAUUCUAAUAAGUACAUACAUCUAGAUUAAUUAAUGAAAUCAUCUUCUGGUCGGAUAUGAAUAACAGUUCCAUUAGGGACAGUGAUUUUCUUUCGUAUCUUUUAUGGACCUCUAACUUAAAAAUGUUAUCACUUUGUAGGCGAUGUAUAUUAUUUAUAUGAUUAGGAUUAUUACUAUAUUUAUUAUAUUAUUGGUAUUAGUAUUCCUUUUAUUAUGGGAUGGUAUUUAUAAGUGACGAAAUUUGUUUAGUUUUUGGUACAUUAUUUUAUCGCAUCUCUUAAGUUCGUUAUCUUCAGUACAAAUAAAAUCAGAUAUAUAUAUAUUUAUAAUUUCUGUAUACGUUCUUAUUAUAAUAGAUACGUUGACAAAUUGAUGAAAUCCUUGAAGUUACGUAAACGAUAAAGGAAAAUCCGACCUACGUCCGAAUUUAAAAAAUAUUGAAAGCAUUUCGUAGCAAUAACUUAAUCGACGAGAAUAAAAUCGUAAAUGCUUUCUCUUACAGCUGAUAUCGAUAUUGCUUGAAUAUGUAUUUAUAAAAAUAAGUACGAUUUUACAUGAUAUCAUAUUUCUAUCUAACGAAGAAAAUUUUGUAGGAUCGUCAGUGUUUUAUAUACGACACGAUUUCCCGCAUCUGUCUAUUACCUUUUCAUUCUCAUUUCUACAUUCAGUAUACCUAACGUCAUCGCAUCGCGAUCUUUAACUGUAAGCGUCGCAUCGUGCAAAGUGUAAUUUUGUUUCAACAUGUAGUCGUCGUCGUGAUGCAUAUAUCUUGUAGCUUUUGAAACAAAUAAAUGGCAAAGUAACGCAAAAGCACGUAAGAAAUCAUUCAAAUUCGAUAUGUAUAAUUUAUUUAUGUUAAAAUCGAACUGUAGGACAGCAUAGAGCACUUGAAUAAUUUUGUGAGAGUAUGUAUUAUUAUACUUUCGAAUUACAUAGUAUCCACCGAG